AUGGGCAAGGCAGAAACAGCAGCAGCAGGAAUCACCAUAGCAGCGCCAACUGAAAUGAAGAGAAAGAAGAAGAAAGGAUCCACUCCCCGGAACCCUAAUUCCAACUCGAAUUCCCCGCCACCGGACUUCAUCGACGACGAUGACGAAAGAAAACAGAAGAAAGUCAAAUUAGUUGUGCGCUUGCCCCAAUCAAAUCAACAACAUUUCCAACAAGAUUCGUCUUCUGCCAAUUUACUUUCCUAUUCCGACGAAGAUAAUCACGACGUGUCUGUGCAGAGAAGGAAAAUUAAUUUCGUGGAUCCCAGGUCUGAAGACGCUGUUGCUGAUCAGGAGGAAAAGCUUUCUAAAGCGACGGACACAUCAAAUGGUUCACUAUUGGUGUCCGACCCAGCAACACCUUUGCCAGACAAAAAGUUGAAGGACACUUAUGGUGUAUUCUCCGAGCCUGUUGAUCAUGAAGAGAUACCUGAUUAUCAUGAAAUUAUACAGAAUCCUAUGGAUUUUGGAACCGUCAGGAAGAAACUUGAUGGACGACUCUACUCAAACCUGGAAGAGUUAGAGGUUGAUGUCUUCUUAAUAUGUUCAAAUGCAAUGCAAUAUAAUGCCUCGGACACUGUUUACUUUCGGCAGGCACAGUCUAUUCAAGCUCCGGCAAAAAGAGAUUUUGAUAAUUUGAGGCAUGAAGGGGAGGAUGGUGAGCUGCAACCUAAGGUUGUUCGAAGAAGCCAGCCCCCAAGAAAAAAACUUAAGAAGUCUGAAGAGUUUUCUCCACCCCCAAAUAAAAACCUAAAAAUGUCUGUUGAGAGUUCACCUUUUGAUUAUAUUGCUCCUGAGCUUUCUUCAGGCGCCACUCUUACUAAUGGGGAGGAAAAAGUCAGUGGAUCUAAUUCUUACAAUUUAAGAAAGCGACCUAUGCUUUAUAAAUUCCGUUCUGUUGAUAUAUCCUCCACAUAUCGCUCUCGCAAUGGUGAAACUUAUUCUGAAUGGUUGGUUGAUUGGAAUGAAUUUCCAGCUUCCAUUUUGAAGGCUGAUCUGAAGUAUGAAAAGAAACAUUUUCCAGUUGAUGAAAAUAGGCGUGACACAUACCAACUACUCCAUCAGUCAGCUUCUUGUAGUGAGCCAUCUUUGUUGUGGAACACUAAUGACCUGAAGCGGUUAAUGGCAGUAUGUACUUUUAAGCCUAUGUUAUUUUUUUUGAAUAACCAAGAAAUUCGGCAGCCAGUGGCACAGGGUUUGAAAAUCAGUGGAUGAUGGGUCAGGCUUUUGUCUAUGGUAGGGUUUGAACCUGUGACACACGCGACCUAGACAUCAUGUGUUGUGCUCUUACCACUAGAUGAAAUGCCCUUGUGGCUUAUGUUGCUUUUCUUUCUCUUUCUUUCUCAACUUUUAUUUUUCGUUUUCUCCCUAUUCUCAACGACUGCAGGGUGUUGUGGACAUUUUCACUGUUUCUUUUGUAGCUGUGCAAUGCCUUUUCAGGAAA